GAGAUAGUGGGUACCCCUCUUAAAAAAUGGAGGAUGGAAAGCCUGUUUGGGCGCCUCACCCUACGGAUGGAUUCCAGAUGGGCAAUAUUGUGGAUAUUGGCCCCGACAAUUUGACAAUUGAACCCUUAAACCAAAAAGGCAAGACAUUUUUGGCUCUCAUAAACCAAGUGUUCCCUGCAGAAGAGGACAGCAAAAAGGAUGUGGAGGAUAACUGUUCAUUAAUGUAUUUAAAUGAAGCUACACUCCUACAUAAUGUCAAAGUUCGAUAUAGUAAAGACAGAAUUUAUACAUAUGUCGCCAACAUUCUGAUUGCAGUGAACCCAUACUUUGACAUACCUAAAAUAUAUUCAUCAGAAACAAUAAAGUCAUAUCAAGGAAAAUCUCUUGGGACAAUGCCGCCUCAUGUCUUUGCAAUUGCUGAUAAGGCUUUUCGUGACAUGAAGGUGCUGAAGAUGAGUCAGUCCAUCAUUGUAUCUGGAGAAUCAGGAGCUGGAAAAACAGAAAAUACAAAAUUUGUGCUCAGAUACCUGACUGAAUCGUAUGGGACAGGUCAAGAUAUUGAUGAUAGAAUUGUUGAAGCUAAUCCACUCUUAGAAGCCUUUGGAAAUGCAAAGACAGUUCGCAACAAUAAUAGCAGUAGAUUUGGAAAAUUUGUAGAAAUACAUUUCAAUGAAAAGAGUUCAGUUGUUGGAGGAUUUGUUUCACAUUAUCUGCUUGAGAAAUCUAGGAUCUGUGUUCAAGGCAAAGAGGAAAGGAAUUAUCAUAUCUUUUAUAGAUUGUGUGCUGGGGCCUCUGAAGAUAUUAGGGGAAAACUUCAUUUGAGCUCUCCAGAUAAUUUUCGGUAUUUGAACCGAGGCUGCACCAGGUAUUUUGCUACCAAAGAAACUGACAAACACAUUUUACAGAACCGCAAAAGUCCUGAGUAUCUUAAGGCAGGUUCCUUGAAAGAUCCUCUGUUAGAUGACCAUGGGGAUUUUAUCAGAAUGUGCACAGCCAUGAAGAAGAUUGGUUUGGAUGACGAAGAAAAGCUCGAUCUGUUUCGAGUAGUGGCUGGUGUCCUGCACCUUGGAAAUAUUGAUUUUGAGGAAGCUGGCAGCACUUCAGGUGGUUGCAAUCUGAAGAAUAAAUCCAGUCAGUCAUUGGAAUAUUGUGCUGAGUUACUGGGUUUGGAUCAAGAUGAUCUUCGUGUGAGUUUAACCACAAGAGUUAUGCUUACAACAGCAGGGGGCACCAAAGGAACGGUUAUCAAGGUACCCUUGAAAGUGGAGCAAGCCAACAAUGCCCGCGAUGCCUUGGCAAAAACCGUCUAUAGCCAUCUCUUUGAUCAUGUGGUUAACAGAGUAAAUCAGUGUUUUCCUUUUGAAACAUCAUCCUAUUUCAUUGGAGUUCUAGAUAUUGCUGGUUUUGAGUACUUUGAACAUAACAGUUUUGAACAAUUCUGCAUCAACUACUGCAAUGAAAAACUUCAGCAAUUUUUUAAUGAAAGGAUCCUGAAGGAGGAACAAGAACUGUAUCAAAAAGAAGGUUUAGGAGUCAAUGAAGUACAUUAUGUCGAUAAUCAGGACUGUAUAGAUUUAAUUGAAGCAAAAUUAGUGGGAAUUCUGGACAUCCUGGACGAAGAAAAUCGCCUUCCCCAGCCAAGUGACCAACACUUUACAUCUGCAGUUCACCAGAAGCAUAGGGAUCAUUUCCGACUCACUAUUCCCAGGAAGUCUAAACUGGCGGUUCAUAGAAAUAUCAGAGAUGAUGAAGGCUUCAUUAUUAGGCAUUUUGCUGGAGCAGUGUGCUAUGAAACAACCCAGUUUGUGGAGAAAAACAAUGAUGCUCUCCACAUGUCUCUUGAAUCCCUAAUAUGUGAAUCCAGAGAUAAAUUUAUACGGGAAUUGUUUGAAUCAUCCACGAAUAACAACAAAGAUACAAAGCAAAAAGCAGGAAAACUGAGUUUCAUCAGUGUGGGAAAUAAGUUCAAGACUCAGUUAAAUUUGCUUCUGGAUAAACUUCGAAGUACUGGAGCAAGCUUUAUUCGUUGCAUCAAACCUAAUUUAAAAAUGACAAGUCACCACUUCGAAGGUGCUCAAAUUUUGUCUCAACUUCAAUGUUCAGGUAUGGUGUCUGUUUUGGACUUGAUGCAGGGUGGCUUUCCAUCACGAGCUUCAUUUCAUGAACUCUAUAACAUGUAUAAAAAGUACAUGCCAGACAAACUUGCAAGAUUGGACCCCAGACUAUUUUGUAAGGCACUUUUUAAAGCUUUGGGCUUAAAUGAAAUCGACUACAAGUUUGGGUUAACAAAAGUAUUUUUUAGACCUGGCAAGUUUGCAGAAUUUGAUCAGAUUAUGAAGUCUGACCCAGACCACCUCGCAGAAUUGGUGAAAAGAGUCAAUCACUGGCUCGUUUGCAGCCGCUGGAAGAAAGUUCAGUGGUGCUCACUUUCGGUCAUCAAAUUGAAAAACAAGAUAAAAUAUCGAGCUGAAGCCUGCAUCAAAAUGCAAAAAACUAUUCGAAUGUGGCUUUGUAAAAGGAGACACAAACCUCGCAUUGAUGGCCUGGUUAAGGUGGGCACACUGAAAAAACGACUGGAUAAAUUCAACGAAGUAGUAAGUGCACUGAAAGAUGGAAAACCACAGGUGAAUAAACAGAUCAAGGAUCUUGAAAUUUCUAUUGAUGCUUUGAUGGCCAAAAUUAAGUCCACCAUGAUGACAAGGGAGCAGAUACAGAAAGAAUACGAUGCACUAGUUAAAAGCUCAGAGGAACUCCUCAGUGCAUUACAGAAGAAAAAGCAGCAGGAGGAGGAAGCCGAAAGGCUGAGACGCAUUCAAGAAGAGAUGGAAAGAGAACGAAAAAGACGUGAAGAAGAUGAGCAACGCAGAAGGAAGGAAGAGGAGGAAAGGCGGAUGAAGCUCGAGAUGGAAGCAAAGAGAAAACAAGAAGAAGAAGAGAGAAAGAAAAGGGAAGAUGAUGAAAAACGUAUUCAGGCUGAAGUGGAGGCGCAGCUGGCCAGACAGCGGGAGGAGGAAUCCCAGCAGCAGGCUGUCCUGGAGCAGGAGCGGCGGGACCGGGAGCUGGCCCUGCGCAUUGCCAAGAGCGAGGAGGAGCUCAUCACCGACGAGGCCCAGGCUGACCCAGCACUCCGCAGAGGUCCUGCUGUACAAGCUACCAAAGCAGCUGCUGGCACCAAGAAGCAUGAUCUGAGUAAAUGGAAGUAUGCGGAGCUACGUGAUACCAUCAAUACUUCCUGUGAUAUUGAGCUCCUGGCAGCUUGCAGAGAAGAAUUUCAUAGGAGACUGAAAGUGUAUCAUGCUUGGAAAUCCAAGAACAAGAAGAGAAAUACUGAGACAGAGCAGCGAGCUCCAAAGUCUGUUACUGACUAUGAUUUUGCACCAUUUUUGAACAGUUCACCUCAGCAGAACCCAGCAGCUCAGCUUCCUGCCAGGCAGCAGAUCGAAAUGAACCGACAGCAGCGAUUCUUCCGCAUCCCAUUCAUCCGCCCUGUGGACCAGUACAAAGACCCGCAGAGUAAGAAGAAAGGCUGGUGGUAUGCGCACUUUGAUGGCCCGUGGAUUGCCAGGCAAAUGGAACUCCACCCUGACAAGCCACCCAUCCUUCUUGUGGCUGGUAAGGAUGACAUGGAGAUGUGUGAGCUGAAUCUGGAAGAGACAGGCCUCACUCGAAAGCGUGGUGCUGAGAUUUUGCCAAGACAGUUUGAAGAAAUUUGGGAACGCUGUGGAGGCAUCCAGUAUCUUCAGAGUGCGAUUGAGAGCAGGCAGGCGAGGCCCACAUAUGCCACGGCUAUGCUGCAGAAUCUGUUAAAGUAAAGGCCCGCACCCUGACCAUGUCUGGGUUCCACCACGUGUGCCCAGAGGUGUCACCAGCCUACGAUCAUGUUAGAGUUCCUCACGAAAGUGAACAGAUUUUAUUAAUCCUGAGUUUUUGUUAAUUUGUUUAAGGUUAAUUAUGGUAGUGAAUUUGGAACCUAAAAAUUACU